AUGCCUACUCCUGCUGAAAUCAUCGCCGCACGUGUCAACAACGACGAUUAUAACGGUAACGGCUCUGGUGAAGAUGCUGCUUCUGUUAUUUCGUCUGCUGGUUCUGCUGGUGUAGCUUCUAGUGCUACCGCUCCGUCAAUCGCCGAUGAGUCUGCCUUUCCGGCUCUUGGAGGUAAGAAACUGCCUUCGGUGUCUGGUGUCGUUACUCCGCUGUGGGGCCCUUCCAUGAAGACUCCAGUUUCUGGCUCGGUGUCGCCCACCCCUUUGGCCAAACCUAAGCCUGCUGUUGUUGGCACCAACGGUCACAGAGUCAAGGUUUCAACUAUCCAGGAAGCUUUCUCGCUCGAUGCUGAAGAUCAGUUGAAUGUCGCCAGACUUGACUUCAUCAAGAUCUUGACCACUGUUAAGUCCGAUACCAACACCAACAUCGAGUGCACCACAUCGCAACACACCAAGAAGAGAACCUUCUUGAUCACUGGUAAGCCUGAAGACGUCCGCUUGGCCAAAAGAACCGUCAUCAAGAAGUUGACCAAGCCUGUAGUGUUGUCUUUUUCUGUCCCAGCCAAAGUCAGAUCGAGAAUCAUUGGACCUCAAGGUAAAAACUUGAAACCUAUUAUUCUGGCCAAUGACGUCAAGAUCGAUAUCGGAAAUCCUGAAGAUGAUGUUGAGGAUGAGGAUGAAGACGAAGACGACAUCUUUUCCAAAACUGUGACUAUCACCGUUAGCGGUGACGUUGAAGGAUGUAAGCGUGCCAAGGCUCAGAUCAACGCCAUAGUCAAGGAAGAGACCAAGAACUUGUCUGUCAAGGUCAAGGUCGACGAUCUCGUUAAACCAUUUGCUUCUGUCGCCUUGAACCCUGUUGUGUCCAAGUAUCUGAGCUUAGACAUUAACGUUCCAGAUUACAAGUCCGGUAGCGCUACCAUCUUGAUUGUUGGUGACAGAGAGUUGGCUCUUGAAGCCAAGGCUGAAGUCAAAGACAUCUUGGAUGCUCUUUCUACCAAGCUCACUACUGAAGAGGUUCCAAUCCCCAAGAUCAAACACCAAUUCUUGCCUAUCGGUGCCAUUUUGGAAGAGGACCAUGUCUUUAUCCAGUUACCAUCUGAGGGAGAAGCCAACGUAAAAUUCAUUGGUGAGAAGAAGAAGUUGGCUGCAGCUAAGGAAAAGGCUAGACAGACCACUUCCUCCUACAAGGUUGAAGUUUUGGAUAUGCUGAAGGCCCACAAGGGUAACUUGAAACACGUGAAGGCUGUUGCUGCCUUGUUGAAUCAAAACGGUGUUUUCAAGCAGAUUGCUGGUGAACACGAAGUAAGCAUCAGUGUUCCUUCAACUAAGACUCUCUCUGAUGAAUCUAUUGCUUCCAUCCCGAUUGAGAUCGUUUGUAAAGACGAUGCGGAAAAGAUCAAGACUGUGAGAAAAGCCAUUGUCCAAGUCGUAAACAAGAUUACUCCUGAUCAGACCAAGGUUAUUGACGACAUUGAUGCCUUUUUGAUUGGAAAAGUACCAGAGACUAUCAAGGCUGUAGCCAAGCAGUCGAAGGUAUCGUACGUGAUUUUGGGAAGUAAUAUUACUUUGUUUGCUGAUGAAAAGGAAGCAGAAGAAUCAGAUGAUUUUGACGACUUUGAGUCUUCCGACUCGGUUUCUUUCACAGAGGUUGAAGAAGCCUUGGAUGGCUUGAGAAAAUUGGCUGCUAACUUGGAAUCUGUAGUCUUGAAUGUUCCUUCUAAGGAACAAAGUACUGUCUCCGGUCCAAGAGGUACUACUUUGAAGUCUAUUUUGAAGGGCGUAGAAGCCAACUCUGUUGAAGUUAAAUUGCACCAUGAUGGAAGCAAGUCUAGUGAUGACUCGAUCUACAUCCAUGGUGUCAAGUCUGAAGUAUCCAAGGUAAAGAAGGACGUAGAGGCUGUUUUGGCAGAUGCUCAGGAGUACAAAGACGGCUAUACUGCUACUAUUUCUGUGCCAAGCACGGUUUUAUCCAGAUUGAUCGGAAAGAGCGGAGCCAACUUGAAUGCCUUGCGUGACGAGUUCGGUGUUAAGAUUGAUGUUGCCGACGAAGGUAAGGAAGCUGACUCUAAGGACAAGACUGGCAAGACUGACAUUGUAGUAUCUGGUAUAAAGAGAAACGUAGAAGAAGCCAAGGUAGACAUCCAGCAGUUGUCCAAGAGAUGGGCCGAUGAGACUUUGGUAACUUUGAAGAUCGAAAGCCAGUACCACAGAAGAAUGAUUGGCCAGAGCGGAGUCUAUAUUAAUAGAUUGCAAGACAAAUACAAUGUCAAGAUCAGAUUCCCCAGUGCUGAUGGCAAGACUUCUGACUUUGCCGACGCUCCUAAGUCGAAGGACGAAGUCACUAUCAAGGGUCCUUCUAAGGGUGUAGCUAAGGCCGAAGAGGAGUUGAAGGAGUUGUACAAGUACGAGAAGGAGAAUGGUUUCAAGCAGACUAUUCAGAUUCCCGUCAAGGCUAUUGCCAGAGUCAUCGGUAAAGCUGGUGAGACCAUCAAUGACAUUGCUGACGGUUCUGGUAUUGAAUACAAGUUCAACAGAAACACCGAAUCUGAAGAAUCGUUGGGAUAUGCAGAAGUCGAGUUGACUGGUGCCAAAUCUGCAUUGAAGGAAGCUAUUAACAAGAUCAACGAAAUCAUCGAAGAAAUCGAAAACUUCGCUAGUGUCACCAUCAAGGUUGAUCCUAAAUACCAUCGUGACUUGAUUGGCCAGGCCGGUUCUGUGAUGAAGGAAAUCAUAAGUAAGGCUGGUGGUGAUGACUUACCCAGAAACAGAUACUUCAAGUUAUUGUCGAUUCCUAACGAAGGAUCUGGCUCUGAUGAAGUCACUUCGCAGGGUGACAAAUCCAUCGUCGACAAGGUCAUUGAGCAGGUCAAGAAGAUCAUUGCUACAAAGGAAGCUUCAGUCACUGAGGACUACGAAUUGCCUAAGGAAAAGCACAGGUUGAUCGUUGGCCCAAGCGGUUCGAUCCGUCACUCAUUGCAAGAGGAAUUCGGAGCCUCUAUUGAAAUCCCCAGACCAAACGAUGCAUCUACCAUCAUCAAAUUGUCUGGUUUGCCAGAAAAAAUCGAGGGAUUGAAGACAAAGAUCGCUGAAUUGACCAAGGACGACUGGGUUCUUUCUGUAGAUGUUCCACAAGCCUAUCAUGCAUUGGUUAGUGAAAAGGGUGCCAUAUUCAAGAAGUUGAAGUCCGACUACAACGUGGAAGUUCAGCACGGAAACUUGACCAGACAAGCAGCCAAGCUCUCUAGCUCGUCUAUUCCAACUCCUCCUCAAGAAGCUUUCCCAACUGAUGAUGCUGCUACCAAGUUCACCAUCGUGGACAAUGCUCCAGUAGAAGAAUCAGAUGUGGUUAUCCCAUGGAGAUUAAAGGGUGACGAAGAAGGUGCUAAGAAGGCUGCUAAGUUGAUUGAAGAACGUUUGGCAAACGCUAAGGCAGCUACAAGUGUCGGUUGGUUCUACUCCAAGAACCCAUCGACUUUCUCCAAGAUUGUCGGUCCACAGGGCUCCAAGAUCAACCAAAUCAGAAAGAAGUCCAGCACCUUCAUCACUGUUCCUAGAUCCAACGACAAGAACCCUAACUUCGUGUACUUGAUCGGUUCUGCUGAGAACUUGGAAGUGGCCAGUAAGGAAAUUGAAAACGCCCUCAAGAAUUAGAAGCCCGCUCAAUUCUAUAUCAUAUUAAUGUUAUUGUAAAUACCGAUUUGCGUGGCCAAAACCAAAAAAUAUAGAGAAUUUUCGUGUCAAUUUUGCAACCAUGUAUAUUGUAGUUUUAAAUAGUAAUAUUCCAUAGUCAAAAAGGGCAGAGAAUUUGGUUCGUCCCAGUUGACAUUUUUAAUUAAUGUUCCGAAUACUUACACCUUU